GGAGACAGCCCCGGAGUGCCGAAAGUCCCCUGCCCGCUUCCUCCUGCGAAGACGUAGCUGCGGGUGGCUGUGGUGGCGGCGUCCAAGAUGUCGACUAAGAAUUUCCGAGUCAGUGACGGUGACUGGAUUUGCCCUGACAAAAAAUGUGGAAAUGUAAACUUUGCUAGAAGAACCAGCUGUAAUAGAUGUGGUCGGGAGAAAACAACUGAGGCUAAGAUGAUGAAAGCUGGGGGUACUGAAAUAGGAAAGACACUUGCAGAAAAGAGCCGGGGCCUUUUUAGUGCUAAUGACUGGCAGUGCAAAACGUGCAGUAACGUGAAUUGGGCCAGAAGAUCAGAGUGUAACAUGUGUAAUACUCCAAAGUAUGCUAAGUUAGAAGAAAGAACAGGUUAUGGUGGUGGUUUUAAUGAAAGAGAAAAUGUUGAAUAUAUAGAAAGAGAAGAAUCUGAUGGUGAAUAUGAUGAGUUUGGACGUAAAAAGAAAAAAUACAGGGGGAAGGCAGUUGGUCCUGCAUCUAUUUUAAAGGAAGUUGAAGAUAAAGAAUCUGAGGGAGAAGAAGAGGAUGAGGAUGAAGAUCUUUCUAAAUAUAAAUUAGAUGAGGAUGAGGAUGAAGAUGAUGCUGAUCUCUCAAAGUAUAAUCUUGAUGCCAGUGAAGAAGAAGAUAGUAAUAAAAAGAAAUCUAACAGACGAAGUCGCUCAAAGUCUCGAUCUUCACAUUCACGAUCUUCAUCACGCUCAUCCUCCCCCUCAAGUUCAAGGUCUAGGUCCAGGUCCCGUUCAAGAAGCUCUUCCAGUUCGCAGUCAAGAUCUCGUUCCAGUUCCAGAGAACGUUCGAGAUCUCGUGGGUCGAAAUCAAGAUCCAGCUCCAGGUCCCACAGGGGCUCUUCUUCCCCACGAAAAAGAUCUUAUUCAAGUUCAUCAUCUUCUCCUGAGAGGAACAGAAAGAGAAGUCGUUCUAGAUCUUCUUCACCUGGUGAUCGCAAAAAAAGACGAACAAGAUCACGGUCACCCGAAAGCCAGGUGAUUGGUGAAAACACUAAACAACCCUGAGCCCAGGGCCAACCCCUCGGAACACCACUACUUUACCCAGGCACCACAGGUCAUCUUCUGGAUCAUCCCAUUCUGGUUCCCGUUCAAGUUCAAAAAAGAAAUAAUGUAUUAAAAUUUACAUCUAAAAAAAAAAAAAAAAAACAGUACAGUGCAUGAAGCAUAUUUUUUAAGGAGUUGGUGUCUUACUUGGUCAGAAGUGCUAAAACUGCUAGUAGAGGUGCAUGCCUUUCAUUGCUUUUCACAACAAUACAGCUGUGUUUAUUUGUGAAAUUAAAAGUAAAUAGUAUUUUAAGCCAUAAUGUCCUAAAUUAGAUACUCUAUUUAUCAUUCAUUAUUUACAACUAUUUCAUUUAAAACCAUUUCAGCUGUGACAGAGUACUUUGUUUCCUAAUUUGAACUCCUGUUUUUUCAUUUCGGAAUAUGAACUAUUGACUGAAGACAGGAUAACCUAGGCUUGCCUGAACUUUGGGCAUGGAGGCAAGACUGUGGUAAAGUAGUUGGAAACAAUCUGUUUAUGUUAAUUGGGAAAAGGAGUCAAUCUGUUCCUAUGAAUCUAUGUCAAAGGGAUUCCUAUCACAAAAAGUAAAACUAGUUGAACACAGCCAACUGGAAACUUUCUCAUUUUGAAAUUCCCUAUGCUGAGGGUGCCUUAGAAUCUUUGUCUCUCUUUUAUCCAGUUUUACUUUUUUGUACCACCACAUUUAAUGAAAAAAAAUCUUGUGAAUUGCAGAAGGAAAGGGGUGUUAAUCAUUUUCCCUUUCCUGACAAUAAUUUUGAGCAAAAAUGUCAGGUUCCUCUCUUUACUGAUAUUGAUGAGAAAAACAUCCGUUUCAAAAUGUUUUUAUAUCUUAAUAUUUUAAGAAGCUUCAUGUGAUAUCUUUUAAAAACCCGGUUAUCACAUAUGGUAGUAUCGAUAAAGUUAAGUCGUAGUUAAUGAGGAACAAAUUGAAGUGUAUUUCUUUGGGUGAAAGAUCAGAGAGAUUGUGAAUUUAAAUGAACAUUUAUUUGCCUUGAGAUGUUCAAACACUGCAUAAAAUUUUCUUCUGAGUAACAAAUGAAUGCUUAUUUCUGCAUAACAUGCAGAAAUACUUAUUGUUCCUAUUCACUUGAAAUUACUUAUGGCUUAAAAUACAGAGUUCAUUUUAUUUCUCAAAAUCUGGUCACUUGAGCUACAUUUUGUCCUCUGGUUUAAAAACAAAAAGGUUUCUUCUCUUAACAGUAUCUUCAGUGACAAUGCAAGGUAAGUAUGUUAAGGGAAAUCGACAAACUGUGCUUGGGGACUUUUUGUCAUGGGGAUCAGUACCCACAUUUUGUUUUUGUUUUCCUUAAUUUUAAAUUAUUGUCUACUGCAAUUAAAAAUUUUAAAGUUUUAAGGUUAUCUAGUAGACAGACCAAACAAAAUUAUUUGUUUUUUACUUUAAAAUGAGUGAUUUUUCUCUUCAGCUGAUCUAAAGAUGAAAGCAAAAUAUCUUAUGUAGAAGUAUUUUGAUAAUAUUUUUACAAUGAACUUCCCCUUGUUUUUUUAUGUCUUAAUUUUCUUUGCUGCGUUUACUGUAGGUUGCACAAGAACUUUUACUCUCUUGUAUUGUGCCUCAGACUUCUUGAAAGUCCACCUUCUAAAUUUGCCCAGAUGAUCUUCUAGAGUCUACAUGUUACCAUUGGUUUAUUCUUGUGCUUUCUGUAUUUGAAACUUUGGCUGUACUAAGCAAAUGCAAGGUUAUAAAUUUAGCUGAUAGUUUACAGACAAUUCAGAUGAUUAUGAUUUCAUUUGGUUUAACUAAGCUGUACUAGUUCAUUUCAUGAAGAAAUGAUGCUGUAGACAAAUGUAAAUAAAGCUGUGAAUCAAGCAUCAAGUGGCAUUUGUGAGAAAUAAAUUAGAAUUUUUAAGCUCUGA